AUGGAACCAAAGUUGAAAGUCAAGAAAGACGAAGACGGUGAAAAAAUUGACCCGACCGAAUAUAGACGAGUAGUGGGAUGUUUGAGGUACUUGACGCAUACUCGACCAGAUUUGUCGUACGCGGUUGGAAUUGCAAGUCGUUUCAUGGAGCAACCCACCACUUUGCAUUUCCAAGUAGUAAAACACAUUUUACGAUAUGUCAAAGGAACCAUUGAUUACGAAAUCAACUAUGGAAAGGGUUGUGAAGUUGAAGACUUGGUUGGGUUUAGCGAUAGUGAUCAUGGUGGUGACAAAAAGCCACACAAGACUGAGAAGAUGGCCCUCGUUAGUAUGUCUCCAUGCACACCUGAGUAUGACCGGAAAGCUGAGCUCACAGCUUUUGACCAAACCAAAACUGGUGUCAAAGGACUUGUAGAUGCCGGAAUAACGGAGGUCCCUCGGAUGUUCCAUCUACCCUCACCUGAAAACCUAAACUCCAAUCAACCCUCACACUUAGAGCUUAGUCUUCCGACCAUCGAUCUGGAAGGAAUCAACGAAGAUCCUAUCCGGAGAAAGGAGGUGAUCGAGAAAGUGAAGGAUGCAUUCGAGACUUGGGGUUUCUUCCAGAUUGUGAAUCAUGGAAUUCCUGAUAGCAUGUUGGAGGAGAUGAAAAAAGGUGUUUUAGGGUUUUUUGAGCAGGAUAGUGAGGUGAAGAAACAGUGGUACACUAGGGAUCGUAGCGGGAAGCGUAAGUUCGUGCACCACAGCAACUUUGACUUGUACACUGCAGCGGUGACUAACUGGCGAGACUCUUUCUUUUGCACAAUGGCUCCUGAUACUCCUCAACCAGACGAGUUGCCAUCGCCUUGCAGAGAUAUUUUAUUGGAGUACACAAGACAAGUGAUUAGACUCGCAGGUUGUCUAUUGACAUUGAUGUCAGAGGCUCUAGGGCUCAACCCAAAUCAUCUUUUAGACAUCGGAUGUGGCGAUGGGCUUGCUGUCCUCGGUCAUUACUAUCCUCCUUGCCCACAACCAGAGUUAACCAUAGGCACCCCGGACCACACUGACAACGAUUUCAUCACGAUUCUUUUACAAGAUCAUGUCGGUGGCUUUAAGAUCUUGUAUCAAAACCAAUGGACCGAUGUUCGUCCUACACAAGGAGCUCUUGUAGUGAAUGCUGGAGAUCUUUUACAGCUAGUUACAAAUGACAAGUUUGUGAGUUCACGACACAAGGUGGUGGCAAACAAGGUUGGUCCAAGAGUAUCAGUGGCAUCAUUCUUUAUGAGUGAGACCUUGCAAGUUAUUGAACCAAUCAAGGAGUUGCUUUCGAAAGAUAAUUCGGCCAAGUAUAGAGGCACAACAGCGAAAGAAUAUGUGGAUUACUACAGAGCAAAAGGAAUUGAUGGUACUUCUGCUCUUUUGCAUUUCAAGAUCUAG